AGAAUAGGCCAUGCCCGGCGAACGACGCCAUUUCCACGACUGUCAUGGCGGCCGCAUUUCUAUGGCCACUGCUGUUGUUCGUGCUGCCCUCGUUGUCUUCGGCGAAACCCGCGUCUGCUAAUAUCUACACAGGGGCCGUCGACAUACCAGAUAUCAUCGAGGGGGACAUCUACAUGCCACCAAUCACAUCGGUUUCCGACCUUAGGGCGAGAACAAAAGAGACUCCUUUGUGGCCUGGAGGCGUAGUUCACUACAUCAUCGACGACGCUUUUGAUUCGUGGGAGAAGGAAGAAAUCCUCAGCGCCAUGCAGCAGAUCGAGUCGGUCUCGUGCGUCCAGUUCAGGGAGCGCGCCGAUGAAGAAGGAUACAUCCACAUUCUGAGCAAGCAGGGGCGAGUGUUAUUGCCUUGUUUCGCCAAGCGCUGUGAAUCGCGGCGCCUCGAGAGAGGCACGUCUACAGGCGAGCGCUAG